AAAAAAAAGGUGCAAAAAUGGCAAGCAACAAUAACACUGGAGAAGAGAGAAGAAGACGACUUGCAGAAAGAGGUUCAGACAGAAUGGCAUUAAUAACCGGUCGUAUUAAUGCACUUCCGCCUACACCUCCUUCUAUCACGUCUUCUCCUUCAUAUCGUCAUGGACAAUCCAUGUCUGUUUCUGCAUUUGAUUCUCAUUUUGAUAAUGUUAGCAGUCCUCUUCCUCGCCAUGCACGACCUCACUCCCUUGCUUCGUCUGCUUUUGCAUCUGACUUUAAUCAAGAUAAUGCCGGUAAUGCUGAAGAACACAAACAAGAUGCCUCUAUGGCUUCAAGACUUAAACAUCAAGGAGGUUUUAAGUAUUCAAAUUUCGAGGCCAAAACCGAAGACGAGCCGCUAUUUGAAGAUUCUAAGCCUAAACUAACAAAAUCAUCAUCAAUAGAAAAGCUAACAGAAUGCCUCAACAUGAAGCAAGCAAAGAGACUUCAUAAAUGGAGCCGGGACACAUUUUUCUCAUCAAGAGAAUUGAAUUUCAGCAUUUUAGCUUCUGAAAACACGCGCGCACUAAGUUCACUCAUAAUAGCAUUGGUUGUUGUUUUCUAUUACAUCAUCUCCUCAAAGAGUAUUUUUGCUUCAAGGCCUAUUUACGUUGUGUUGAUAACCGAUGUCACGAUUGUUGUUGCUCGUAUAUACCGCGAAAAGGCUAAGGUUUUGAAAGAGAGACAAGGACAAAUGGCUGAGGCUGGUGAAGAUGGACAGAAUUGGGGUGAUGCAGUGAAACUUUUGGAGAGAGGUUUGGUUUUGUACCAAGCUAUUAGAGGCUUUUUUAUUGAUUGUAGUAUUUAUUUAGUUGUUGUUGUAUGCUGCAUUUCCUUAAUGUAGCUUUAGAUGUUCUCAUCGCACAACUGUAGAGACUAAUUAAUCCGUUGAGUUGGAUAAGAUCAUAACGGGUGGAUAAAGCUCACACUCAUAAAUUUUAACACUGUUGUAUUUUCAGAAUCGAAUUUAAAUUUUGGA